AUGAUCGCCCCAGUGACUCCAAGCGACACGGACGCCUCUGAGCGCGGCGGCGACCUAGGCGUCAUGCCCAUCGCCAUCAUCGGCAUGGCCUGCCGGUUCCCCGGCGAUGCGUCCAGCCCGGAGAAGCUCUGGGACCUCUGCGCCAAGGGAAAGAGCGCCUGGUCGCCCAUUCCGGAGAGUCGGUUCCACGCCGAGAGCUGGUAUCAUCCGGAUAAGGGACAUCUUGGGACGUCAUACGUGAAAGGCGCACAUUUCCUCACGGAGGAUAUCUCUCGAUUCGAUGCCGCUUUCUUCAACUUCACGGCCGAAUCGGCCAGCACAAUGGACCCCGAAGUGCGCAUGCAACUAGAGACCGUCUACGAAGCCCUGGAGAGCGCUGGGCUGCCGCUGGAUCAAGUGGCGGGGUCGCGCACGGGGGUGUACGCGGGCACCUGCUUCCGAGACAACCACGACAGUUUGAUGCGCGACCCGGACACGCUGGCGCGGUUCUUCCUGACAGGCAACGGGGCGGCGAUGAUCGCCAACCGCAUCUCACACUUCUUCGAUCUGCGCGGCCCCAGCCUGAUGGUCGACACGGGGUGUUCGACGACGCUGACCCUGCUGCACCUGGCGUGUCAGAGCGUGCGGGCGGGCGAGUCGGAGAUGGCCAUCGUGGGCGGGUCCAACGUCCUGCUCAACCCGGACAUGUUCAUCGCCGGGUCGAAUCUGAGUUUGUUGUCGGAGGCCGGCCGGUGUUAUGCGUUUGAUUCGCGCGCCGCCGGGUAUGGGCGCGGCGACGGCAUCGCCAGCAUCGUCAUCAAGCCCCUGGCGGCGGCACUGCGCGACGGGGACCCAAUCCGCGCGGUCAUCCGCAACUCGGCGGCAAACCAGGACGGAAAGACGGCCACGCUCACCUCGCCGAGCCAGGCCGCGCAGGAGGAGCUGAUGCGCGAGUGCUACCACAUGGCGGGCCUCGAUCCACGCGACACGAGCUACGUCGAGGCCCAUGGCACGGGGACGCAGGCGGGCGACACGAUCGAAGCCCACGCCAUCGGCCACGUCUUCGGUGCGGGGCGGAGUAGCGACCGCCCGCUGGUGAUCGGCUCUGUGAAGACGAAUAUCGGCCACACGGAGGCGGCCAGCGGACUGGCCGGCGUGAUCAAGGUGGUCAUGGCGAUGGAGAAGCAGGCGAUCCCCCCACAUCUGAACUUCGAGUCUCCAAAUGAGAAGAUCUCGCUGGAGGCGUUGAACCUGAAGAUCCCCCUCAAUCUGCAGGAAUGGCCAUCCCCGCUGCUGCAGCGCGCGUCGAUCAACAAUUUCGGGUACGGCGGUGCGAAUGCCCACGUCAUCGUGGAAAGCCCGCAGACUGUAUUGCUGCCGAACACGCCCUCUGCCUCGGAGAUGGGGAAUGCCCCUAACCCUAAGAAGCGGUCUCGCGUGUUCGUGCUCAGUGCCAAGGAUCCCGCCGCGGCCCGCCGCAUGGGGGAGACGCUGUGCGACUACGUCGCCACCACCCUGGAGAGCAGCAGUCAGAACCAGGAACAGUUCCUCGACCAGCUGUCCUUCACCCUCGGACAGCGACGCACCCGCUUCCCAUGGACUACGGCUUGGAGUGGCUCGUCGCUCGCCGAUGUACAUGCCACGCUCGACUCCGCCCGGCCGACCGCUCAACGCAGCACACGUGCGCCACGCGUGGGCAUGGUCUUCACCGGUCAGGGCGCGCAGUGGUUCGCCAUGGGUCGCGAGCUAUUCGGCGCUUAUCCGGUUUUCCGUGACACGAUGCAUGAGAUCGAUGCCUGCCUCAAGAACAUGGGCGCCACCUGGUCCGCGGUCGAGGAGCUGCAGCGGGACGCCAAGGAGAGCCGCAUCAAUCAGGUCACAUUCAGUCUUCCGCUGAGUGUGGCCAUCCAACUGGCGCUGGUGGACUUGUUGCGUUCCUGGGGAAUCCGUCCCGCAGGAGUGACCGGCCAUUCCAGUGGCGAGGUUGGUGCGGCCUAUGCCGCCGGUGCCAUCACCCUGGCGGGCGCGAUGGCAAUCGUCUACACCCGUGGCGAUCUGACAAGCCAGUUCCAGAAACUCCUGGAUCGCCGCGGCGGCAUGGUCGCCGUGGGUCUGGGACGCGAGGAGGCCGAGAAGGCGCUGGCGGAGGUCCAGUCCGGCACGGCGGUCAUCGCCUGUGUCAACAGCCCGUCCAGUGUGACGAUCUCCGGCGACGAAUGCGCCGUGGAGGAAGUCGAGGCCCUGCUCACGGCCCGCGGGGUCUUUGCGCGCCGUCUACGGGUCGAGGCAGCUUAUCAUUCGCACCACAUGUUGCCGCUGGCUGAGGCCUAUCGGGUGCUGCUGUCGCGCUUCCUCGAGCCCAGUCCCGAGUUCGACUCCACGGUUGUCUACUCGUCCCCGACCACGGGGGACCGGAUGACGUCCGCAGUGGAUAUUGCUGAUCCCGAUCACUGGGUGCGCAACAUGGUGCAGCCAGUCGAGUUCCUGAGCUCCCUGCGGAACCUGUGCAGUGGUGGUGCCGGCACCGCGGUCGACAUGCUCGUGGAAGUCGGGCCCCACGGCGCUCUCGCCGGGCCCAUCCGGCAGACGUUGGCGCUGCCGGAGCUGAAAGACGCGGGAAUCCCCUACGCCUCGUGUCUCUCGCGCGGCCAGGACGCGGUCCAGACCAUGCAUCAGCUCGUCUGCACUCUCCUGCAGGCCGGCUACCCGGUCGACCUCGAGGCCGUGAAUUUCCCCUACGGCCGUAGCGACGUGCCGGUCCUGACCAACCUGCCCCCCUACCCCUGGAACCACGAGACAUCGUACUGGGCCGAGCCCCGUCGCAACCAAGAACUGCGCGGCCGAACCGUCGCGCCUCACGAUCUCCUCGGCGUCCCGGCCGCGGGCUCGACCCCGACCACGCCAACCUGGAGACAUGUGGUGCGGCCCCGCGACAUCCCAUGGGUGCGCGACCACAUCGUGCAGGGGGCGAUCGUCUACCCGGGAGCAGGAUACGUCAGCAUGGUCGUCGAAGCGCUGCGACAGCUGCAAACACCCGAUCAGCCCAGCCACGGCUACCACCUGCAAGAGAUCCGGAUCCGCAACCCGUUGAUCCUGGAAGACACGGCGGAAGGAGUCGAGGUGCAGUUGUCGCUGCGUCCGUGUGGGGAUCGCGUCCGCCACGCUCAGGGGUGGUAUGAGUUCCUGAUCCAGUCCGUUAACCAGACCGGUGAUUCAUGGACCCUGCACUGCGAGGGUCUCUGCUGCACGCCGUCUCCCGCCCAGGGCACGGGCUGGGCUGGCCCGCCUGCCCCGAUCAGUGCGCCAUCCUCCACCGUGCCAGCCAGUGCGUGGCGCACCCUCAACCCCGCGGAUACGUACAAGACGCUGCAUGAGGUCGGCGUGUGCCACGGUCCGAUCUUCCAGAACCUGGUGUCCGCGCAAUCCGCGCCGGGACACUCGCAGUCCGUGUUCCACGUCGCCGACUCGGCCGCCACCAUGCCACAGGGAUACCAGCAGUCCCACGUCAUCCAUCCCACCACGCUGGACACGGUGUUCCAAGCCGUCUACCACAAUCUUCCAGCCGGGGGCACGCAGCAGCGAUCCGCCAUGAUCCCGACGUCUAUCCAGGACCUGUACAUCUCGGCAAACCUGAUUGCCUCCCCCGGUCACCAGUUCUGCGCCGAUUCGACCCUGAUAAAGCUCAGCGGACAAGGGUUCGAGUCCUCGGUCCGUGUCAUCAACAACGCAGGCGCCGACGGGUCGGAAGAGCCAGCAGCACCGGUCCUCACCCUAGACGGGCUCUUCUGCCAGUCCCUGGGUUCCAGUGCCGCCGUGUUGACGCCCGACGACAAACUCUGCUAUACCUCUGUGUGGGCGCCGGAUUUCGAUUUCCUGCAGCCCGAGCACCUUCCCAGAAAGGCCGAGGUGGCCCAGCAGCCCAGUCUCUCCCAGCUGCAAGCCGCCGCCGUGGUAUUCAUUGUCGAUGCCCUGCAGGAGUUUGAGAACGAGCAGGUGGUGGCACCGGAGCACCAGGGCUUCUGGGAUUGGAUGAAGGGCGUGGCGGAUCAGGCCCGCCGGACGCUGGACAUCCCCGGGGUGACGCCGCAGUAUGUGGCUGCGUUGACGCAGGACCUGAAGCAGGGCGUCGACGGGAGACUGCUGUGUCGAUUUGGGGAGCGGCUCCCUGAUAUUGUGUCGGGACUGGUCCCGGCCAAGGAGAUCCUGCGGGGCUUCAUGGUGGAGAACCAGGCUGAAUGGUCCUCCGUUCCCGAGUAUCUCGAGCCGUUGCUGACUUCACUGAUGGAGCUCCACGGUCAUAAGCGUCCUCGGGCUGCAGUCCUCGAGAUCGGCACGGGCAAUGUGGCUAGUACGCGGAUUUUUGCGAAGGCGUUGACGCGCGACGAUGCGAAGCUUUUUGCGCGCUACGAGGUGACUGCACCCAGCGCAGAGCUGGUGGAAGAUGCGAACAAGGCACUCCGGGACGACACAGGGGCUGAGUGCAAGGUUCUGGAUUUGGAUACGCCGGCUGGAGACCAGGGAUUUACUCGCGGAAGUUACGAUCUGCUGAUUCUGUCUGCAUCGGCCUUGUUGGCUGCGGAGGAUGUGGUCCAGACCCUUAGCUCGCUGCAUGCUCUCCUUGCUCCGGGUGGAAAAUGUAUCCUGUGGGGCCCCACCCUGGGUGAUAGUGCUCUGCAGACUAUUGUUCGACUCCUCCCAGGAUGGAGUGGAGUUAUUGAUGCCACUCCCACGUGGCAGGGGCUCCUGGCGCAGGCCGGUUUCGAGUCGAGCAACUUCCAGCUCAAGGAAGGCCUUAACAGCAGCGGCUACCAAGGAGAGGUGGUUAUGGCGACCGCCAAAGCGGAUACGACAACUGAUUCUGCAGCCGAGGUUAUCCUCGUUUCUGCUACGAGCCCUCCGGAAGACUGGCAGCAAACACUCCAGCACUCGCUUCCUGCUGAUGUUGUAUCAGGGAUUUCCGUGGUCUCGUCGCUCGAGGACGUCGAUGCUGAGGGCAAGGUGUGUUUGAUCCUAGAUGAGGUUGUUCAGCCGAUCCUCGAAAAUCCCUCCGCGGAGGAAUUCCACGACCUGCAACGUGUGCUCGGCAGCUGUCGGGCUACCGUGUGGGUGUCACGCGGUGCUCAGGGCAAUGCUGAAGAUCCUCGUGGCAGUCUGCACCAGGGUCUUCUGCGCACCUUGCGCUGCGAGAAUACUCUCCGUCAGUACGUCUCGGUGGACUUGGACCCGAAUGCGCCCAUCUGGUCUCCUUCGUCGGCGACCAAUAUCGCGCAGAUCCUCUGCAACACGCUCACUACAUCGUCCUCUUAUCUGCCCGAGACCGAGUACGCGGUCCGCGAUUCGGUGGUUCAGAUCUCGCGAGUCUACGGAGACGGGCAGGAAGCCCAGCUGGUGGGUACCACGAAGCCUCAGACCCCGGAGCUGCGACCCUGGUCUACUCCUGGGCAGAACAUCCGUCUUGGAGUAGCCACCCCGGGACUGCUAAACAGUCUUGUCUUCACGGAGGAUCCGACGGUAGAAGAGAUCCUCCCGGACGAUUGGGUGGAGAUCGAGCCACGGGCAUUUGGACUCAACUUUCGCGACAUCAUGGUGGCGCUGGGUCAGCUCGAUGAGACGCGGAUGGGUUUUGAAUGCAGUGGAGUGAUUACGCGCGCCGGACCGUCCGCCCAAGCGGCGGGCUUCACCCCGGGACAGGGGGUGUAUGCGUUCAUCAUUGGCUACUUCGCGACCAAGGUGCGCAUCCCCUUCACCAGCGUGGCCCCGAUCCCCGCGGACAUGGACUUCGCCACGGCCGCCUCCAUCCCGCUGGUCUUCAUCACGGCGUACCAUGCCCUGGUCGACCUGGCACGUCUCCAGCGCGACGAAACGGUGCUCAUCCACUCGGGCACGGGCGGUGUCGGACAGGCGGCCAUCAUGCUGGCGCAGUCGAUCGGGGCGGACAUCUUCGUCACGGUCGGCUCGGAGGACAAACGCGACUUCUUGAUGCAACAGUACGGGAUCCCCUCCUCGCGGAUCUUCAGUAGCCGCAAUCCGUCCUUUGCUCGUCACAUCAUGUCGGCGACGGACGGCAAGGGAGUGGACGUGGUCCUCAACUCCCUGGCGGGACCACUGUUGCGCGAGACGUGGCGCUGCAUUGGAAUGUUCGGUCGGUUCAUCGAGAUCGGCAAGCGAGACAUUGAGCAGAACAGUAUGGUGGAGAUGGGGCCGUUUGUGCGGAGUACGCUCUUCGCGUCGCUGGAUCUGAUCACACUCGGGGAGCAGCGAGGCAAGGAGGUCCGACGCAUCUUCGGGGCGAUCAAUGAAUUGCUGGCCAAAGGACAGAUCCGACCAGUGGGACCGAUCACCCGAUUUGGGAUGGGAGAAGUUGAGAAGGCAUUCCGUACGAUGCAGACGGGGAAGCAUAUGGGGAAGAUUGUUUUGGAGCCCCGCCGCGGAGAUCAAGUCAAGGUCCUCACCGCCGGGCCCCGACCGGCAGAACUGUCACCUGACGAGACCUACCUCCUCGUGGGCGGUGUGGGCGGCAUCGGCAAGUCUCUCUGCCAAUUGCUCGUCGAUCGCGGCGCAAAGCAUCUCCUCGUCCUGUCGCGCAAUGCAGCUCGCAUCACCCCAGACACCCAACAAUGGCUGGACGGCGUGCAGGCCACCGGUGCGAGAGUUGUGCUGGAGAGCUGCGAUGUGACCAAACGGGCCCAGCUUCAAGCUGUGUUGGAGAAAUAUAGUUCCGAGUUGCCGCCCAUUCGCGGCGUCAUCCAAGCCGCUAUGGUGCUCAAGGAUGGGAUCUUUGAAUCCAUGACCCACGAGGACUAUCUUGCGGCCCUCAACCCCAAGGUCCAGGGAACCUUUAACCUGCACACCCUGCUCCCCACCCACCUUCGCUUCUUUAUUCUUCUAUCCUCCAUUAGCGGAUUCGGUGGCAACGCCGGCCAAGCCAACUACGCUGCCGGAGGCAGCUACCAGGAUGCGCUGGCCCGCCAUCGCGCCAGCCGGGGUCUCCCCGCCGUCUCCAUCGACCUGGGCAUGGUCUCCUCGGUGGGUGUGGUCGCCGGCACGCAACACGUCGCCGACCACCUCGAGAAGCUCGGCCUGCGGGCCGUCUCCGAGCACGAGGUGUGGGCGUUGGUCGAGUCCGCCAUCCGCCACCCCAUCCGCACCCCGGAAACCUGCCACGUCGUCACGGGUCUCCCCAGCGGAUUUGUCCGGUCGGACUCCGCUGUCUGCUGGAACCGGGACGCCCGGUUCGCCGUUCUCGAGCAGAAGGACUCCUCUGCCUCGGGCCUGGCGUCUACCUCGAACCCCGGAGCCGGUCUGAAAGAGCAGCUGUCGGCUGCCACCACUCCUGCGGAAGCCACGACCGUCAUCCAGAGCGCGUUGAUCACGAAGCUGGCCGAGAUGUUCAGUCGCAGCCAGGAGGAGAUCGAUCCCUCCUUGCCCCUGGCGCAGUUUGGUGUCGAUUCCUUGGUCGCCGUCGAGUUGCGCAACUGGUCGGUCGCGACGGUGCAGGCCGAUUGCUCCAUCUUCGAUGUCAUGCAUGCGGCCUCGGUCACGGGGCUCUCAGGCAAGAUGGCCGAGAAGAGUCGAUUUGUGAAGCUUUGUCCGAUUCUCUCCUCCACCACCACUUCAAUCACCACCACUCCCUCCCCCCACCUCUCACCCAUCACACCGUCGCAAUGGUCAAGCGCAAGGAACUCAAAGACAAUGACGUCGAGAUGUCGGGGACGGACCCCCGCGUCGACGGCGACGAGUCCGAGGAGGCAUGUCCUCCCUCCAGACCAGAGAUGCACCCCCGCUAACACCACCACCACCAUCCAGGACAUCGACAUGGUCAACGUCGACUUCGAAUGGUUUGACCCCCAGCCCAUCGACUUCCACGGCCUCAAGAACCUCCUGCGCCAGCUGUUCGACAACGACGCCCAGAUCUUCGACAUGUCCGCCCUCGCCGACCUCAUCCUCUCGCAGCCUCUCCUCGGCUCGACCGUCAAGGUCGACGGGCCGGAGUCGGAUCCCUAUGCUUUCUUGACGGUGCUUAAUCUGCAGGAACACCAGGACAAACCCGUCAUCCAAGACCUAACCAAAUACCUACACCAAAAGUCCUCCAACACGCCUUCCCUCUCCCCGCUCGCGACCCUCCUCUCCCAAACCCCCAUCCCGCCCAUCGGCCUAAUCCUCACCGAGCGGCUCAUCAACAUGCCCGUCGAAGUCGUGCCCCCGAUGUACACGAUGCUGCAAGAAGAAAUCGCGUGGGCGAUCCAAGACAAAGAGCCGUACAACUUCUCGCACUACCUGCUCGUCUCCAAGACCUACGAGGAGGUGGAAUCCAAGCUCGAUGCCCAGGAGACCCGGCCGCAGAAGAAGAAGAAGAAGGCUGCGGCUGGUGCCGGUGCCGGGGAGCGGUUCUUCUUCCAUCCCGAGGAUGAGGCGCUGGAGAAGCAUGCCCUGUGUAAGGGGUCCAUCGAGUAUACACAUAAGCAGGACGAGGGGCAUUCGGAUUCGAAGCGCGCGUUUCAGGAGUUGGGCAUCAGGACGAAGGGAAGUUUGGUGCUUUUUGAGGCUGAUAGGUUGGAGGGCGCUGUGAAGGGUAUGGUGGAGUAUUUGCAGCCAGGGGUUUAG